GACGGCUUCUAUCCGCUUUGCGCAGCACUGGUGGACACCGUAUGUAGUACACCGUCCAUGCCGUAGUUUUCUUCUUCGUUCCUUGUCUUGUCUUUCCGUCUCUCUACCCGACAAAGCUCUCAGUUUUCGCCCAGGGAGAGCGCUCCGGCACUCAGCAUCCAGUGAACAUCACGACGACCGCAAAACUUUUUACAAGGCGUGAAGUGAAUGUUGAAGUGACAUUUUUCCUUACUUAUUUUUUUUUUCUUCUGGUGCAUUUACUUCUCGUCGUCUCCCGACCGGUUCGUCUUCCGUUGCUAUAGCAGGGACAAAUGGCUUUAGCUUUCCAUUUCCUAUGCACUCUACAGUGAUUGGGAAUGAUAGGACCACCAGUUUCUCCUACUUCGAUCGCUAUCGUCAAAAUCACUGACGACUCGGCUUGACGCGGAAAAUUGAAUAUCGUCUCGCGGCCAGCCCUAUAAAUAUAUAGUGAGUGAUCAAUUAUGGUGAAAUACUUUUUCCCUACUGUGUUCUAUAUAUAGUGGAGCUGAGCGAAAAGGCUGCUGCUGGUUGGGGUUGGACGGGAAAAUGAUUGCCACCACGCGAGAAGGAUCGCACGACUCGACGGAACAAUGGAAAACAACGGUCAUGAUUUCGAGGCAGUUCCAUUCCUUAUAUUACGGUAACGCAACUGAAAUCGCUAGUUACGUGCUCAACCAGUAUCACGCCAAUAACGAGCAGCAGCAGCAACAGCACAGUGAUGCAGCAGCAGCAGCAGGCGGCUACGAGCAUUACGCAGACGAAGCUCCGGGAUUUUCCACAUCAGUCAGCAGCGUGAUGCGACCGUCUUCCGGCGGAUGGCUAGCAGGAGGAGAUUCCAAUCCGGAAGAAGAUUUAUUCUUCGUGACGGCUGCUGGAUUCAACGAGAGUUUCGGCAGCGCCAUGGCCGGCAAUUCGAGCGCCAUUGAUCCCGGAAACUUGACGUCGUUUCGCGAUGACAGCUUUUCAUCACCGUACUUGAUGCCAUGGCCGCAGCGAACUUCAUGGAUCGUCGUAUUCGCCGUUUUGGUGAUCGUCGCCGCCGUGGGCAACUCCCUCGUCGCCUGGAUCGUCUUCGCCCAUAAGCGGAUGAAAACCGUAACGAACUACUUUCUGGUGAACCUGAGUCUGGCCGAUUUGACAAUGUCAGUCUUCAAUUGCGUCUUUAAUUUCACCUUCAUGCUCAACAAUCACUGGCCAUUCGGUGGUUUCUACUGCACGGUCAACAACUUCGUGGCAAACGUUUCAGUGGCAGCCAGUGUCUUCACGUUGGUGGCCAUCUCGUUCGAUCGUUACAUCGCCAUUGUCUAUCCACUGCGGCCGAGGAUGAGUAAAAGCACAGCCCGAAUCGCCAUCAGUCUCAUUUGGUUGGCCAGCUGCAUCCUGGCCGUCCCUUGCCUUCUCUACUCUCAGACGCUUUCGCACAGUUACCGGGGCGGCGAAGUACGAGUCGUGUGCAUCAUCGUCUGGCCGGACGGCGUCCCUUCCGUUUCCCACCAGGAUUUCAUAUACAAUAUUGUUUUCACGGUGUCGACCUACCUGAUUCCGGUGAUUGUGAUGGGCGCUUGCUACUCGCGAAUGGGCUACGUUUUGUGGCGGGGUAAAAGCAUCGGUGAGCAGAACCAACGUCAAGCAGAGUCCAUCCAAUCCAAACACAAGGUGGUGAGGAUGUUCAUGGUGAUCGUGACGCUAUUCGUCGUCUGUUGGCUGCCCUAUCACGGCUACUUCGUCUACCAGUUUAUCGACGAUCAAGUCAUCUCCUACAAAUACACGCAGCACAUUUUCCUCUCCUUCUACUGGCUGGCCAUGAGCAACACCAUGAUCAACCCACUCGUCUACUAUUACAUGAACACCAGAUUUCGGGAGCACUUUAGAUCAACUUUGUGCUGCAGGAAAAGAUCCCCGUUGACCUUAGCGUCUACAGCCGGAUCGGCUAUUAUAAUCACAAGGGCGGGCCAACGAUCGACUCCGAUUCUCCGUAACGAUCGAGCCGACUUCGUAACAGGUCCGCGACAGCCGCGACAAGGACUCAAUCAACGGCCGCGAGGCCCUGCCGUCAUCACUCAACAGAAUGGAAUUGACGUUAUUCUUCCUUCGCAAGAUGCAACCUACUUGGCGCCGACGACGAUGCAGCAGCAGCAGCAGCAGCAGAAUAACCUGGAAGUUGCCCACAUCAAGCCCAGCAGAGUUGUCAGUGAAGAGAAAUCGGAACUGCUCGUGGAUUCUCAUCAGCAGCGGGUUUUGGUGUCUAGUGACGCAUCGAUAAGCAACGGCACAGCAGCCUGGAUCUCCAGCCAGGGACAUCUAGUCACAGUUUGGACACCUUCGGGGUCUGCUCCGUUAUCGACCGGUCGGGAUCAAGAUAACCACCAGACGCAACAGAACUCGAUGAAUCUUUUCAACGCUCGGAUGCACAUUAGACGAAAUCCGACAGUUGACGGAUGCGGUGAAGCCAAAAUCAACCCAAAUGUUGCAGAAACCAAGACCUAAUUAGAUGGGCGUCGGUGACGGACCCAACUGGUUGGUUAAAAUUUGUGCCUGCGACGACCCACGGACAACGUGAUGGUAAAACGUGUGCACUCUAAAUUAUUAUCACUGAACUCUACACGGAACUAAUCAGCUCUGCAUCACGCUGUUAGGCAAGCAUUAACCAAAAAAGGCUGCUCAAUUUACGUGCCGUUCACCGUUUAAUUGCCGUUUCGGUCGGCGCUAUUUCUCGCUGAACUCAACGAACUCGGCCAAAAUCGGGAAGACACUCUGACGUUCAAAUACGUAUUCAGACAACACCUGCUUUGAUCGCCUUUCUUUUGAGUUACGUUGCCUCAUAGAAGAGAGAUGAAAUGCCGCUGAAGAUGAAAUUUGCUUUGAUCUGUGGGCUAUUUAGGCCCACAGUGUAUAUAAAGUGUAUGUGCGACACAGCCACCAUACAAAUCAUCAGCGUUGCUGUGUAGUCUUUAUAUACUAAAUCUCAUCUAGCGUGCGCAGUACGUACACAUUCACACCAUACUAACAUCACGAAAAUAUCUUUGUUCCUUUGUGGCUCAUCUUCCUCACAGCUUUAGAUCGUGUCGUCGCUUGAAUGGAGGAGCCCGGGAGAAAGUAGAGAUGUGUCCAAUCUAGAAAGUUAUUGUACCACACCCGGCAAAGCAACAGCUACUGCUAUCGGUAGUAGUCACUUUUUUCGUUUGUCGGCAAAUUAAGAAACCUGACACGUCGGAUCGGCAAAGAUGUCGUCUUUGAGCAAUUACUGGGAGGGAGUAUAUAUAAAGACGCGGUUAGAAAAGAGUGCGCGAUGGGAACGAAAAUGGAAUGGGAAGCACGCCGGUUGUUAUAUAAGGCCAAAGCUACGGAAUAAUGAUUUGUUCCAAGGUUUUUGUAUAGCCCACGCUCCAUUAUUUUCAGACUGUUGGCCGGGCAGGUUUGUAUCGAAACUCUGAAGCCUCGAUUUCAACAAUCGUCUUGGCUCCCAUUAGGUAUUCACUUCACGAAAAAGUUCCGGGUAACUCGUGUGGGCGGACUCUGCGGACUGCAGAUGAAAGUCGUUUGCUUGAUUGCCUCUCGUUGUGUUGCGUUGUGUUGUGAGACUGGGUCGAAAAUCAAACACGAAUUUUCUUUAAUUCAUUUCUUGUAAACUUGAAGACAAAAGGAAGAUAUGUUAACCAUCCAGAUUAGUUUUGAGCUUUGCGUUCUCAUUUGACAAUUGACACAUUAAUGCACAAGCCAAAUAAUGACCGACUUCAAUAAGAACUUCUCGUCAGUUGGUAAGAAGAUUUUCUGUGCAUCAAUGAACUUUGGACGCCACCAAUCAGGCUAAUGUUUUGUAACGUAAUUGUUAAUUAGUUUGAGUACCCCGAAAAGGCACGACCAUAACCCCGCAAAUCUACAUAUACGUUAACGAAGAUGAAGAAACCUAUUAUCUUUGUUGCGGGGUUGUUGUAUGUUGUAACAAUGCCAACAAUGUCGGGAAUGAGCCAUGGCUAGAUUGUUUCCUCCUCUUCAAUUUGCUGUUCCCCAAUUUCCAUUCCUCAAUCUGCUGGCUUUGAACUUAAAAUAGUUGUCCGUUUCAUGCGAAAUCGAAUUAAGCGGUUGUUUGAUGUCAGCAAAUCGGAUGUAUGUCAAAAUUGAGUAUCAUUCCAUUAGGUCCUGAACAUAAAAUGUAUUGAAAAUAGUUUUCCCCAUCAAACGUACGUUACGCGCAAAAUACUUAAACUUACACCAGUAAAAUAUAAAUAAACGAUACAUGUACUGUAAGUUGAGUUGUGUUUUCGUGCUGUUGUUCUUGAGUUACGAAUGA